AGAACGCUAGCUGGUCAGGUCAGGAAAAACGGUUUUCGCUCUCGCCCCGUCGCUUUUGGUCGUUGUGUCGUUUGCUAGUAGGCCUGGCAAUUUAGAAGAAUCUUUCUCGGGUUGCAACCGGAUCUGGUUUUUGACGGUUUUGAAUUUUGUUCGAAUCCGUUGCAUCCGUGUUUUUUGGGAAGCGGAAGAACUUGGGAUUUCUGGAUCUGUUUACUGUUUACAAGGAUACCCGUAGAUUUAUUGCGCAAGGAAGCUCCAGGAUUAGGAGCAGCGUGAUUUGUGAGUGAUCGAGACUGCGGACGCCGUUGAACGGAAGGAUAAAUGACUUGUAUUUAGUGAGGUGGAACGUGAGUGAGUAAUCACAGCCCGAUAAAAAUAAAUCAAAAUUUGUUCUACCAAGAAGCUGUGUUGGAUCAUCGUUGAAAGAAGUGCCGAAGAAAGCGGCUAAGGGUGAAACGACAAGUGCAUCGUGUCGUCGUGCAGAGUGCACCAGGUCGUUUAGGUUUUUUUGGGAGGUUUGUGUGUAGAACCGAAAACAAAUAAAUAACAGUGCAAAGGCAAAUAUCAAAGAUAAAAUUAAAACAUUUCCCUCUGACAGGUUCAGAGUGCAGAUCGCGUACUCACGCGUUGGGAAAAGACGCGAUCGACAAGAAUUUGGCCCUUGGUGCAGGUCUUGUUGUUGCGGUUUAUGAUUGCAGCAUAUGCUGCAUAGUGCACGAUCGUUAUCGGAGAAACAUGUUUUCGGGGCGUAUAUGAGUGUUGUUGUUGUUGCUCCAAGAAGAAAAGAAAAUACCUGUGCUGUCGAUAGCUUCGUUUUUGCGGGUAGGUGGCCAGUUUGGAUGGUUUUUGGGCAGGGAAGUGCGUGCGGGCCGACAAAUCCAGACGAUUGUUGAAGCGUCGAUCUGUAAUGAGAGCUGCUGGCUGCAAGUGGUUGUAGGAAAGAUUGUUUCUUGUUUUUGUUUGCAUUUCGGGGAAGCGGAAAACAAGCCAGAUUUGCAUUUCUCGUACUCUCCGUUGGUCGUCGGUUGCCUGCCUACAGCAUCAGAACUCGCGAUCGGCAGCAGCCGCUCAGUAAGGGCAGGUUCGCCAAGUUGUGCCCCCGGGGAAUGCGUCACGAAAACCGAUACUCCCAUGCACCGUGGAUUUCAAACCGUCUGUGGAACGAAACGCACAAUUUAAAAGUAUAAUAGAAUUGUACAAACAGAGACCUACAAAUUACUCUCGCUGUUUCGUGUUUUUGCUGUUCUUGUUGUUGAGUUGAUUGAGCGGACUAGCUAAGAUCGACUUUUCACACGUUUCAAAAAGUGUACGCUAAUUGCUCUAGCAUGCUUCGGCUUUCAAUUGCUGCUGCAUUCCAGAUUUUCGCCAGUGAAAACAGCCGCCGUAGCUAGAUCGAGACCAACCGCCGUGAUUCGAUCGUAAUAAACGUUGCAAAACUUAGACACGCUAUGCACUAUGAGUAAUUUGGUGCGUACCCGGCAAACUUUCGGUCAAGGCCUUCCGAUGGCUGAAAUCUCUGUCAGUUUUAAACGGACCUUACAUCCGGCGCAUCCGUCGCCGAACAACAAACACUCCCACCGAUAUCCGCAUCAUUACCAGCACACGAUCGUCAGCAGUCGGCGGCAACAGUGUCCAUCCACGAGAAAUAUUGGCAGCAGUAGCAUCAGUAGCAGUAGUAGCUGCAACACCCACGCCUCCGCUACUACCAAUAGCAGUUAUUUAUCAAAAUUCCUGAUUUUAUUGUUCCUAUCUAUCUGUGAUAACCGAGCGUGUAGGACGCUUACCUUAACAGAGGCCGCCACCGUAGUCUUCGACAGCAGUAGCAGCACCACCACCGUUCCCAUUUUAGCCACUAGUAGCAGCAGCAGUAGCAGUAGUACCAUUAGUUCAAUAACCACAUCUCAAGUGGUCGAUCAGCAGCAGCAACAUCCAAAAAAUGCUGCCGCCGAAGACUUCUCCCACCUACAACCAAACCCCACCAGCAGUAGUGAUAGUAGUGAUAGUAGUGGCAGUGAAAGCAGCACCAUCAUCAACAGCAGCAGUACCGAGCCGAUCAUCGAUCAGAUGCAGCUGCAGCAGAUCGUGAUGGAGGGACUUGGCUUAAGCAGCAUCCCCGAUGUGAGGGCGAUGAACAUCAGCCAGCAGGAGUACGAAACCAAAUAUCGAGAGUACCUGGAGCGGGUCAAUCGACGCAACGCCAAUCGCGAACUCAACCGGAGGAUACGUCGGGACGUUGAAUUCGAACCCGAACAAGAGACUGAGUCGAUGGCGGACGACGACACGCCGGACGAAGAGGACAGCUGGGUGGAACAGCGACAUCUCUACAGCUUCCCAAAUUCUGGUCACAAACUGAAUCAUCAGAAUUUGCGGCGCAAGCGAUCUUUAAGCAACAACUAUGACCUGGUCUACAUCCGGUUCGAUGUACCAACCAGAAAUGCAACUACCGGUGAGCUGACGGGUAUCAACUCACCAUCCAUGUAUCACGAUCCCUUCGAACAUCAUGGAGCUCAUCAUCAUCGAAGGCAUCACCAAACGCUCUCGGAACUACCGCCAAUAUCACCGGAGAACAUCGAAGAGUCUUCACUGAAUCUGAUGUUAACGUGGGCUCGAAUACCGAAUGGAGAACUUGGGGCAAAUGGCAACGGUAAACAGCCUCAAAUGCCUGCUUUCGUAGAACAUGAUCAACAACACGGCCGCAAUAGUCGCAAAGGAAGGAUCAAAUUCAAACACAACGGACAAAGCAAUGCUAUUUUAGGUUCCGGAAAGAGUGGUAAUUUUAUGGAACCUAGCCAUCAUCGAGGUGGCAAAACCAUCAACUUACACAUUUAUCAGCUGGUUGAGCCCUAUGAAAGACAUUGGCUAACGACCAAGACUAUUGCAUUAGCGGAUAUUGGCUUCAACGAUAAGAAAUGGUUCCAGCUGCCGAUGGAUGAAGCUGUCCGUACAUGGCUUGAUGGAUCUAGAAAGAAUCUCGGACUGGAAAUCUAUUGUGAGAACUGCUUCAACAACAACGUUUUUGUGAUUCACGAUUCGUCUCCUUUCUUCACAACCUACGACGAAAUCCCGGUCCUAAACGUAGUCGGUCGAUUGGUGCAACGGGAGAAACGAUCCAAAAUUCAGCGGUUUCGACCGACGAAGUCAGAUUACAUUUCUCCCCCUAAGCACACGUCCUGUACCUCGAACAAUAAACGAUGCUGUCGGCAUCCCCUUCUGGUAGACUUCCGCGACCUCGUGGGAUACGACUUCAUCAUUCAACCAAAGACAUUCGACGCUGGAUUUUGUAGGGGUCGUUGCCCUUACAAAUACAACGCAGCUAAUAACCAUGCCCUUAUUCAGAGUAUGCUACACGAGCAUAAAGAUUACAACGUUCCCAAGCCAUGCUGUGCGCCGUCCAAGCUCGAAUCGAUCGAUAUUCUCCACGCGGAUCCGGUAAAUCCUCAACGACUGAAAGUGAGCACUUGGAUCAACAUGAGGGUAACAGAAUGCGCCUGCACGUGAUUGAUUCGUUUCAAGCUUUCUAAUUUGAAAGAUAUUUUUUUCGGAACAUAAACUCGAAGAUUGCAGAAAAACGGACUGUUUGAAUAUGAAUAAGCUUCGAAAAAAAAACUUUCUGUAAAGCAGCUUCAAUCAAACCCUGCAAAUCAUAUCCCUGAUCAUUUGCAUUUAUGAGCCUUGGACUGUGCGAACGAAAAAAAAAAUUUUGACAAAAAAUUACGAAAAUUUAUACUUCAUCGAUAAAAUCCUUCAAACAUUUGGAUUGAAAGGCAUAGGGCCGGGUUGAUAACCAAUAGUAUUAUUUACGAACAACAAAAACGAGAAUAGGAAGAAACAAUAGCUGUUACUUUCAACUUGCAAACGAACAAAAUGUAGCGAAAUGUAAGCCACACAAUACAAAUAUACGUUAAGUUCAUCCCAUGAUAAUAAGGCAAUGGAAGAAACCCGAAUAAACAAUUGCGGUUGGACACUCGUUUCCAACCAUACCCCCAUUUCCUGAUUGUAAUUAGUGAUAAUGACUUGAAAACUUUAUUUAUAAAUUAUUUAUUUCUACCGUUAGUGAAGAAUUUUAAGUUGACCUGAGAAAAAAAUAGAUCUACUUACGAAGAAAACAGAAAACAAAGCGAGUGUGUUAUAUAAGCUAAGUUUAAAGUAUUUCUUCUAAACAAUUCUCUCGAACAAACGAAAACUCAGAACGCUAGCCAAAGGAAACCCGACAACCUGAUACAAAAUAAAUGGGUAAUUUUUGUGUUUUUUGUCGUAAGCUCAAAGGAGUAUUUUACAUAUAGGGGAGAAAGAGACGAAUUAUUUUCUUUGAGUGUGCAUGAUGACGUUGUGAUCGGAAGAGUAUCACACACACAGUUAUAAAUAUUUAUUUCCCGGCACAUCUCGUUUUAAAAAGAUAUGAACGUACAUCCAUGUUCUCUAUCGUCGUAACAAUGUUUUUGUUUUUAUUUUCUUGAAUGAACAAAAAAAACACAUUCAGGAACAAUGAGUCAAAACAAGUCUCAUCUCCUGGUAGUGUACCGAAGAAAUACAGAAGAAACAGAAUCAUGUUCAAAUAAAUAGUAUUUAGAAAUAUAA